CUCUUUUAUCCACUUUUCCUGAUAUUAUUUCAGUUAACAUAUAUGGAGCUCACAAUCUCUCACUCUUCCUUUAGAGUAGCAACUAUUAUCUCUCUACGUUGCAAAGCCUCUUCUCACCAAAAUAGAUUGAUGCCAAUGUUUAAGUCCACACCUAAAGAUAUCAAAUCCGCCAACUUUCUUUUAAAAUGCUCCGCCAAUCAAUUGAUCUUGCCAGUGGGACUGUACGAGGAAAGUAGGUUCUCAAAAUCCUUUCUACUCGGCCAAAAUAAACGUAAUUCCUUCUGCCGGGCAUGCUCUCAAGUUGAAUCUUCUGGUUCUGAUCCAGUGUUUGCCAAAGUUUUACGUUUUGGAUCUACUUGCUAUAAAUUUGCAAGGCCGUAUGCAAUGCGUCAAGCAAUUAUAUCGACCAUUUGUUUGUUUGCAAGAGUGUUUGUUGAGAACAAACAAUUGUUUAAAUGGUCGCUGUUGUUUAAGGCAUUCCCGGGCUUAAUUGCUAUCAUACUUGCACACGCAUAUUAUAAUGGCAUCAAUCAGAUUUUCGACGUCGAUAUUGAUAGGAUAAAUAAACCGUAUUUACCGAUACCAUCUGGAGAACUUUCACUAAAACAAGCAUGGUUCCUAAUGAUAUUUUCUGUACUUACUGGCUUGUCAAUUUUUCAAUUGAUGAAGGCCGACCGAAUCACCACUUCUCUCUAUUGUUUUGGUCUUCUACUAGCCACCUUAUAUUCUGCUCCCCCCUUCAGAUUCAAGGGAUCUUCUAUUGCAACGGCUAUUGUGAUUCCUUUGAUCAGUAUCACUAAUUGUAUAGGUAUACUUUACGCCACAAGAGUUUCCCUUGGACUUCCAUUUUGGUGGAGCCCUCCGAUUGUUUUCAUCACUACCUUUGCUGUAAUGUUUUUUGUGGUCAUAUGCAUCAUAAAAGAUAUUCCUGAUGUGGAAGGUGAUAUGAAGAAUAAUAUUCGAACAUUUGCGGCGAUUUUUGGAGCUAGAAAUAUUACAAUCCUUGGUACUGGUAUAUUGGUGAUAAACUAUAUUGCUACUAUAGGGGCAGCUAUUUAUAUGCCUCAGGUUUUUAAGCGUUCCUUAAUGUUGCCCGUUCACUCAACCUUGGCUUUACUGUUACUUUUUCAGGCCAGGAAGUUGGACAAAACAAAUUAUACCAAGGUAGUAAUAUGCUGCUUAUACUCAAGGACUCAACAGUCAAUGUCCGUCAUCGAUAACUGGGGGGACAUGCAUCAUCGUGGGGAUACUUGGGUUAAUCUCCAAGCUGAGCAGACUUUUGUAACUGGAAUAGUUAAUGAGGAGGAUAUUAUGGAGCAAUUUCUGGGCACCAGCAGAGGACACAAGACUGGAGUGGGUCCCAUACUCCCACAAAAUAUUUAUCGAGGGGAUGCGUCGUCAUCUGGCUCACGUUCGGCAAGAUCUUCUACAACACGUUCUGACCCACACGUAGAAGAAUACUUGCAACAGAGUUACCAGCAAAACCUCCAACUGUACGAGAGCAUCAGAAUUAUGCAGGAUUUCAUCACUCAUAUGCACCCAAACAUGACUUUCCCAGCAGUUACUCGUCUUGUGUCGUAUGUCUGUCCAAGUCAUCCGCCUCCGAAUCCUUCUGAUGAUAAUGACGAUGAUUCAGUGAUGCUGCUAAUUUAG